AUAUCCGUCGUCGAAUCGUGCUCGUCACUGUCGCCAAUUACUCGCCGCCAAUUAGAAAGUAACUAGUUGAAGUUCGACCUGGGUUUCCAUUUGGAAACGACAAAGUUUCCAUCGGAACGCAGCUCCGACCAAUUAGACACGCCGCCUGCCGGAGUAUGAUUUCAACCGGAAGCCGGCGGUUGCCGCGGAUGGACAAGCAGUUCCGACACUGUGCGAACUUGCCGCGCGAUGCGUCGCCUCUCAUAUCCCGUUCGAGCUGGUGGAACACGUUUAUCCACCGGUUCCGGAGCAGCUGCAGCUCAGAAUAGCGUUCUGGAGUUUCCCGGACAAUGAGGAGGACAUCAGGCUCUACUCUUGCCUGGCGAACGGAAGCGCCGACGAAUUCCAACGUGGCGAACACUUCUUCCGCUCGAGGAGCGUCAAGGAUCCUCUACAAAUCGGGUUCCACUUGAGCGCCACAGUGAACUCACAGGGGGUGAUGAACGGCGUCAGAUCGCAGUUCAAUGUGGCUGUGACGUUCGAUCGACGGAAAAUCACAUCAUGCAACUGUACUUGUUCUUCUAAGGCCUAUUGGUGCGCUCAUGUGGUCGCUGUUUGUCUUCACAGGAUACACAUGCCAACGCAGGUGUGCCUGAGAGCUCCAGUUAGCGAAUCCUUGUCACGUUUACACCGGGAACAACUGCAGAAGUUCGCGCAAUAUCUCAUCAGCGAGCUACCACAGCAGAUUUUGCCCACUGCCCAACGACUGUUGGACGAGCUGUUGUCGGUUCAGCCGAGUACCAUCAACAGUUAUUGUGGCGCCCCGGAUCCCACGGCUGGCGCCUCGGCCCACGAUCAAACAUCUUGGUACCUCGAUGAGAAGACACUGCACGAUAACAUCAAAAAGAUCCUCAUUAAAUUCUGCGUGCCCGCGCCGAUCGUCUUUAGUGAUGUUAAUUACCUGAGCACCACUGCGCCUCCUGCAGCUGCCGAGUGGUCCUCGUUGCUGCGACCGUUGCGUGGCCGUGAACCGGAAGGCAUGUGGAACUUGCUGUCGAUUGUUCGCGAGAUGUUCAAGAGGACUGAUCGCAACGCCAUACCGUUGUUGGAGAUCAUCACGGAGGAGUGUAUGGCCUGCGAGCAGAUCCUCGUCUGGUGGUUCAACACAAAGGUAGCUUUGUUGAACGGGACCGGAUAUGGCGGUAAGCACAACAUGAACAGCAACGUGCACGCCUCGCAGCACGCUUGUUCCUCUCUCUGCGACGAGAUUGUCGUUCUAUGGCGGCUGGCUGCCUUGAAUCCUGGAUUAUCGCCUGCCGAACGAGAUAUGCUUCAUGGUCAGUUUACUGCUUGGCACAUGAAGAUCAUCGAUAAGGUGACGAAAAGUCGGGGCAGCUCGGUGACGCACAAUUCACACAACAGAAAUAAUGGCGGUGGUCACAAGGAUUCAUUGAAGAAUGACUUGGCCGUCUUCACCGGCUUUAAAUCAGCCCUCGAAGCGUGCUAUCUAGAUUGGGAGGAAUAUACCUUGCCUGGUAUCACUUACACCGCCGGGAGCAAUCCCAUGUAUCAUUGUCCGUUCACCUGCUUUCGGCAUGCCGGCGAUACCAGGACCGAGGUGAACCAGGUGAAUUCAAGUGCAGCCGUGUUAAAUUGUCAGCCGCCUGUUUCCCAUCACCACGGUCGACGACCGUUGAGUUUAGGCCUGGUAGAGUUCAGUUAUAUGGACAGAAGACGGUUGAACUCGCGAGAGUGUUCAGGAUUAUGUUCACGAAGCGGUGGCGGCGAUGGGAACCGAAGUAGCGUUAGCUCAGAAGGUUUCUGCGAGAAUGAGACCGAUAUGCCCGAUAUUUCCGAGCCUCAAGUAGUUCUCGUUAGAAGAUCUUGCGCUCAAUUAAAUAAUUGCGGGGACACAGACUCGCAGGAAGGUGGCGGCAGCGAGUCAUCCUCAAAUAGUAAUGUCAGUCUGAAGAACGCUCAAGACUCGGACAAGCACCGCUCAAACGCCUCGUCCGAGACCCAUAGUGAUAGUAGUGAUAGUAGCAAUAAUAAAGCUGCCUGCGAUGCGAAGUACAGCAGGACGAAUCUCGACUAUCGUGAGAAAUCGCGAACGGUAUUGCCUAAAGGGAACAGUUCCAAGAGCGAGCAAGAAUCCGACCAGGAGAAGGAUCCAUCCAGAAGGCCAUCCAAGGACGAGAGUUCUUCGUCGAGUAGCGAUAGCCCGUCUGGUGACGAGUAUCACGUUUAUUAUUAUGAUCCUAAAGCUGUGGUGAAUGGAAACGGCGGUUCGAAGGACUCCAAGAACGAAUCGCAAUCGACGUCCACUGCGAACGCCAGCACAGUGUUGGGCAAUCUGAUGAAAACAGAAGACCCAUGGGACAUCCUGUUCGCCAGGGCAGAGGGACUCUAUGCUCAUGGCCACACGAGGGAAGCUUGUAUCCUGGGCGUUCAACUCGGCGAGGAAUUGUUGGCCAAUCCCCCUAAUCUUAUGAUCGACGAACCCCCGGCGCCGGUGAAAGGGAAAAAGAAGAAGCAACAAGUGAACCCGGCGUCCCAUCAGCUCACGUGCCUUGCAUCCGCCACCUUGGCCAAAUGUUGCUUCCUGUGUACGGUCCUCGCGGAGAAUUCAGAGUACUAUAACCUGGCGUUCAGGGUUGGCUUGUUCGGAUUGGAGAUGGCUAGACCACCCGCCAACACGAAACCUUUGGAGGUUAAAUUGGCUCAUCAGGAGAGCGAGUUGGUCGGAUUAUUAAAGAAAAUUCCACUCGGACCGGCCGAACUGGCGAUGGUUCGUCAAAGAGCGGAGCAGUUGAGAGAUGGAGUACUAAGAUCCAGAGGUCACGCACUACUCCCGAUCAUGUUGGCCAGCUUCGUUUUUGACGCCCUUAAUAUGUCAAGACUAAAACACCUGUCCUCAGACGUUGACGAGGACCUUGGCUUCGAUGCGGCUGUCGCUGCUUUGGGUCUGAAGGCAAACGUGAGUGAAGCUGAUCAUCCUCUCCUUUGCGAGGGAACUAGACGGCAGAGGGGAGAUUUGGCUAUUACAUUGCUUGUUCAUUAUAAAGAUGAUCCUAUAAAGGUAGCAAGGAUCAUGGAUAAAUUGUUGGAUCGAGACGUUCAUCAGUUGAUCAAGUCGCCAAUUCUUAGCAGCUACUACACCUCUAACCCUCCAACUAAGAGCGAGAUAACAAGAUACCUUCAUGACGAAGAGUGCUCUUCCCCUCUUGCUGGUACAGAUGCUGGAAAUGGCGAUAGUAUCGUUGGUACGAGCAGCAGACCACAUAGCAGUACCAGUGCAGAAUUGGAAUCUGGCAUGAAUACACUCACCGUUCAGACGCAGAUAGUUCAACAACCUGUGCCUACUAGAACAAAAGAAACAAGAUACAAGAGCAAGAGGGUAUACCCAUCAAUUCCCAACCAACCAUCAGAAGCGGGCGCGCACUUCAUGUGUGAGCUGGCAAAGACUGUUCUCACAAAGGCUGGAGGCAACAGUUCUACUUCUUUGUUUACGCAAGCGUCCACGAGUCAGAAUCAUCACGGGCCACACAAAGCUCUCCACAUGUGCGCUUUUCAACUUGGUCUCUAUGCUCUUGGGCUUCAUAACUGCGUCACUCCCAAUUGGCUUAGUCGCACCUACUCGAGUCACGUAUCUUGGAUCACUGGUCAAGCGAUGGAGAUAGGAGCAUCAGCGAUUUCGUUCCUUAUCGAAAGUUGGGAGGGACACUUGACGCCACCCGAGGCUGUUGGCAUAGCCGACAAAUCGUCCAGAGGGAGCGAUCCUGUCAUGGUUCGGUCAGCAGCAGAACUCGCUUUGUCUUGUCUACCGCACGCUCAUGCACUCAAUCCCAACGAAGUACAGAGAGCCAUUUUGCAGUGCAAAGAACAAAGCGAUUCGAUGUUGGAAAAGGCUUGCAUCACAGUGGAGAACACCGCGAAAGGAGGUGGCGUUUACCCAGAAGUACUGUUUCAGGUGGCCAAAUAUUGGUACGAGCUGUAUCUCAGACAUACCCCUGGUGGAGAACAACAAGACGAUAUGCCACACGAUCCUCUACAACUGGAUCUCAAUGGAGUGCUUCUGGUGGAACCUGGUCCUCCAGUAGAUAUGUCUAAUGGGCAAAUGAUCCCUGGGCCAGCUCAAGCAGUUGUCGUGACCAGUACACAACCUCCUCCUCAACCAUAUCCUACGCAUCCAACUAUAACUACGUUAGCUCCUCUAGGAGUUGGUAUGCCGUAUGCAGUUAGUCCUUACAGUUUCGUGCAUCCUCACCAUUCGAUUCCAACCUUUGGUGGACCAAUGCCAUCACAUAGGGUAACUCUACCACCAGCACCACCGCACAUGCAAAUGUAUCAUGCGGCAUUCCCGCCUCAUCCGGGCCAUCCGCAGCAUCCGCAACAUCCGCAGCAUCCACAACAUCCGCAACAUCCACAGCAUCCGCAACAUCCCCACCAUCCGUCACAACCUACACAGCCGCCUACGCUGCCGCAAUAUUACACGCCGCAACCACCACCGCCACCGGGAACUCAUCAUUUGUUCACCAUGCAACAGCCUAUGCCAGUCAAUGUUCAAGCUGGAGUGACAGGACCUAUUCCUGGCCAGAACAACAUGCCUGGAUCUGCUCUCGUUCAAGCACAGCCCAUAAUAUCCACUGUAAGAACACAGCCUCAGGUUCACAGGCAAACACAACCCUUCAGCCAACAGCAGCUCCGUGCUCUGGUCGCUGCGUACCGUGUAGGAAUGUUAGCAUUGGAGACUUUGGCUCGUCGGGUGCACGAUGACAGACCUCAAGCGAAAUACGCGCGGAAUCCACCUUACGGGGAAGACGUGAAAUGGCUGUUGAGAGUGUCGAAGCGUCUCGGUACGCAGUACCUCCAUCAGCUUUGCAUCUGUACAGUGAACAGCAUCGUUAGUCCAUUUAUCCUUCACGACGUUGCAUUGGAAGCAGCGCUCUAUCUGGCUAGAAACAACCGGGCUCUUGUACUUCAACACUUGAGAUCUGCUCUCUUGGCACCUCUCGUCCAUAAGUGUCAACAAAUGUAUAUUCAGUGUAUACAUCAGAAAUUAUAUCAUUUAACAACCGGUGAAUACGAAGACUUCGUCAACGUAGUAUGCGCCGCUAGAGCAGCGUUUCACAUCACUCCGGAGGGCCACGUUCAGUUCAAGGAACGACUUCAGUCCAUUAAAAGAUCUCAAUCCUGUACCAAAGAACUGUGGGCACAAAUCAACGCGGCGCUACAGCAAAACGGCAAAUGACACAGAGCGGAGCCAGGCGUGACGUGGCUCACUUCCCUUCCUCAUCCUCCACCGCCUCCACCGCCUCCUCCACCGACGACGACAACAACCCUCGUGCUUCAGCACCAGCAUCCCUGUCAUCCUCAUCCACAGAGUGUCGUAUGCGUUCACGGGCUGGCUACCCUCGACAAGCUGGAACAGGAUCUCCAUAACGUGCAUCGUCGACGUACGACCGUCGCGUCGACAGUGGCAUCGAUCUCGAACGACCAUCGGACCAUCAGACCUAGGGACGGCCGAUAAUCGCUUUCUAUCUUCGCUAAUUUCGCGCAAGGAAAGCUGGAUCGAUCCCAUUGAAUGGGAAUACACAUAGAUAUAUAAUAACUUUCUAACUUUAGUUAAUGUGUCUGAUAGAGAGGAAGAACGUGAGAAAGAACGCGAGAGAGAGAGAGAGAG